ACGCUCAAUUGGGAAAUGGCGGCUCCCGUCGUCGUCGCCGCGCGCGCAGGAAGUGUGUUGCAAAGCGUCCUCGUUGCGACCGUCUCAACACUUUCAAGCGGUUUUCGCCAUCGGCCGCCCCAACCAGGUGAGCCCGGCCGAUCGUCGGCGGCCAUGUUGGGCCAGAACCGGCCCGCCUCCAGCACGCUGCGACUGGUCGCCAGCGACGUGAGCGGCAUCGUGGAGACGCUGGACGCCCGCGAGCUCGACACGGGCGACGGCGGCGGCGAUGGGAACGCCGACGGCGGACCGCCAGGGGACGGUUUGCCCUUCCUGACCGUCUACAAGACGGUGGGCUUCAAGGACUGCAAGUCGGCCUUCCUGUCCCGUCCCGUCACCGCCAAGAUCCUGGAGGUGGAGCGCUUCACGUCGGCCCAGGACCGCUUCAACAUCAGCCAGCAGAGGAGCGUCAGCAAGUCCAUGCCGGCGGUGUACAAGAUCGAGUUGAAGCACGGCGAGUUCACCUGGUUGGUGAAGAAGAAGGAGAAACACUUCCAGGAUCUCCACAGAGACCUGAAGACCUACAAGGCCGUCCUCAACCUGACGCUGCCCACGCGCAGUCACACCAUCAGGAGGCAGACGGCCGGCGCCGAGUCCCGGGACAUCCCCAGCCUGCCCAGGGGCGGCGGAGACGAGCUGGUCCGCGAGGAGCAGGUGUCCAGUCGCAAGAAACAACUGGAAGAUUACCUCAACACGCUCCUGAAGAUGUCCACGUACCGCAACUACCACGGCAUGAUGGAGUUCAUCGACGUCAGCCAGCUGUCGUUCAUCCGCGACUUGGGUCCGAAAGGCUUAGAAGGAAUGGUUCUGAAGCGCUCCGGCGGCCAUCGGAUCCCCGGACUCAACUGCUGCGGUCAGAGCAAGAUGUGCUACCGCUGGUCCAAACGGUGGCUGGUGGUGAAGGACUCCUUCCUGCUGUACAUGAAACCCGACUCGGGCGCCAUCUCCUUCGUCAUGCUCUUCGACAAAGAGUUCGCCGUCAAGAUGGACUCCAAGGACACGGACACGCAGCACGGCGUGCGCGUCGACAGCCUGUCCAGGUGCCUGGUGCUGAAGUGCAGCAGCUACCGGCACGCGCGCUGGUGGGGGCAGGCCAUCGAGGGCUUCGUGCAGGAGCACGGCGCCGACUUCCUGACCGACCAUCGCUUCGGAUCCUUCGCCAGGCGAGAGGAAGACGUCCCGGCCAAAUGGUACGUCAACGGGAAGACGUACAUGGAAGACGUGGCCGACGCUCUGGAGGAGGCCAAGGAGGAAAUCUUCAUCACAGACUGGUGGUUGAGUCCCGAGAUCUUCCUGAAGAGGCCCAUCGUGGAGGGCAACCGCUGGCGCUUGGACCACGUGCUGCGGCGCAAAGCGCAACAAGGCGUCCGCGUCUACGUGAUGCUCUACAAGGAGGUGGAGCUGGCGCUGGGCAUCAACUCGGGCUACAGCAAACUGACGCUGCGCCACCUGCACCCCAACAUCAAGGUGAUGCGCCACCCGGACCACGUGUCGUCGGCCGUGUACUUGUGGGCGCACCACGAGAAGAUCGUGGUGGUCGACCAGUCGGUGGCCUUCGUGGGCGGGAUCGACCUGGCGUACGGUCGCUGGGACGACGGCGAGCACCGACUGACCGACGUGGGCAGCAUCAGCUUCUCGCAGUCCGACGCGGCGGCCCGAGCCAACGGCGGCUACGGGAACGCCGCCUUCUCGGCCGACGACGCGGCGGUGCAGCCCACGAUGAAAGGUCAGGGCAGGAUGAGGCGGGCCAAGAUGAGCAUCAAGCGCCACCUGCAGAAACACGGACUGGCCCACGUGGACAGCGACGAGGACCUCGACCUCGACCUCGAGCGUGCAGGAAGCGACGCGGAGCGGACGCCGCAGUCUUGCCACGACGAGGACUUGUGCGGCGACACGCGCUUCUGGCACGGCAAAGAUUACUGCAACUUCGUGCACAAGGACUGGAUCGAACUGGACAAACCUUUCGACGAUUUCAUCGACCGCCACGUGACGCCCAGGAUGCCCUGGCACGACAUCUCGUCGGUGGUCCACGGCAAAGCGGCGCGCGACGUCGCCAGGCACUUCAUCCAGCGCUGGAACUUCACCAAGGUGGGCCGGGCCGCCCGGUGGCUGAAACGGGCGACUGACGGGAUUUUUUUUUUUUUUUCUGGUCAGAUGGUGAAGCCCAAAUAUCGUCUGCUGUCCUUCCCGUACCUUCUGCCCAAGUCGCACACCAGCGCCGGGCAUCAGCGCUACAAAGUCCCGGGAUGCGUCAACGCCAACGUUCAGAUCCUCCGCUCGGCGUCCGACUGGUCGGCCGGCAUCAAGUACCACGAGGAAUCCAUCCACAACGCCUACGUGCACGUCAUCCAGAACAGCCGCCAUUUCAUCUACAUUGAGAAUCAGUUCUUCAUCAGCUGCGCGGACAACAGACACGUCUUCAACGGGAUCGGAGACGCCAUCGCCGAGCGCAUCAUCAAAGCGCACAGGGAGGGCGAAAGGUACCGCGUGUACGUGGUGACGCCGCUGCUGCCGGGCUUCGAGGGCGACAUCAGCACCGGAGGAGGAAGCGCCAUCCAGGCCAUCAUGCACUUUAACUACAGGACCAUGAACCGCGGCGACCACUCCAUCAUCUCGCAGCUCAAGAGAGAAAUGGACGACCAGUGGAUCAACUACAUCUCCAUCGCCGGCCUGCGGACGCACGCCGAGCUGGAGGGGAAGCUGGUGACCGAGCUCAUCUACGUGCACAGCAAAAUGCUCAUCGCCGACGACAACACCGUCAUCAUCGGCUCGGCCAACAUCAACGACCGCAGCAUGCUGGGAAAGCGUGACAGCGAGGUGGCCGUCGUCGUGGAGGACUCUGAGACGGUGGCGUCGGUCAUGGACGGGCGGGCGUACCAGGCGGGCCGUUUUGCUCUGCAGCUUCGCCUCGAGUGCUUCAGGACCAUUUUGGGCGGUCACGGCGACCCGAGCGUCGACGUGUCGGACCCGAUCAGCGAUCAGUUCUACAAGGAGGUCUGGUUGAGCACGUGCGCUCGCAACGCCACCAUCUACCAGAAGGUUUUCCGCUGCCUCCCGUCCAGCGACGUGCGCAACAUUCUGGAACUGGACGGCUACCUGGGCAAGCCGGGCCUGGCCGAGGAAGACCCGGCCCGCGCUCGCGAGGACCUCCGCAAGAUCCGCGGAUUCGUGGUGCAGUUUCCGCUGCAGUUCCUCGCCGAGCAGAACCUUCUCCCUCCCAUCGGCUCCAAGGAGGCCAUGGUGCCCAUGGAAGUUUGGACCUGAGGUCUCGGUGGGAUUGGCGCGCCAGGGUCUGCCUUCUGCGGAACUUUUCUUUUUCUUUUUUUGUUUGUUCCUACCUCACCUCGGGCGGGCCCGGAAUGGAGGUCCUGGGCGCCACCGCCGCCCGCUCUCGCCGCGGAGACCAGUCGCACCGCUCCUCCGUCCCCGACGUCUUGGCAUGCUGCACGCGAUGGAAAAAGUGCCAAACGUACGCCGACUGCUACCAAAGAAAACCCACAACGCUCCAGCGCUCACCCGCACGUGUCGCCGUCACGAUGUGAUGUCAUCGCCGCCUUCCCGCCGCAGCUCAGCGUCCUCCAUCUUGUGCCGAGUGAACAAAUGUCCUCCUCCGAUCCCGGUCCUUUUUUUUUUUUUUUUUUUUUUUUUUUGUCUUCAGGUGGCCUGUACGUGUGCCUUGUGGUUUUGCACGUCGUUUGUCCGUUUGUGCGUUUGUAACCUCCACCAAUGCAGCGUUUGCACACUCGUACCAAUGCAACAGCCAGCCUCCUUCAAAUAAAGCAACCACGACACCGGACCGGAAGUCCAGAAUGACCCGGGCCGUACCUUAUUCGGGAGCCGGCAAAUCGUGAAAAGAUGAAGCUGCGUUGUUUGCAAACGUCCCGACUUGGGGCGUCCGUGCGACCGAACUUUUCGUCGGACCUUUCAAGCCGUUUCAGCCGCAAGCUCUGUUUACGCAAAAACGAACAAAGGGCUGAUUUGUCGUCAGCUUGUCUCCGUGACGCGAAAGCAAGUGGAAAAAUAGCGGAAACCCAAGUUGUGCGUGAUUGUUUUUGUCUGUCACUUCUCGCAAAGUGGCCGGAAGAAGAAAAUUCAAAUCUGGGCCACGACGGACAACCGGGUCGUUUGCUCUGACAGUUUGCGUUAAGCUAAACGAGUCUAAGCGUCGACGUGAGAAAACAAAAAAGGGCAAGCUCGGCACUUCGGGGGUGAAAUUAAAAAAAAAAAAGAACUAAAGUGGCAUUGUUGUCCUUCCUUCGUUAAAAUCUGAUUUUGGCUCUGCUGCUUAUUCAUCCCGGAGCGUUUUUUGUUUUUAAUCUCUGAUCUCUGACCUCUGACCUCGGUCCGCGAGCUCGCCGUUUUCCCGGCAUCAAACGCGGAAAGGAAGGCGCUCCCUCAUUUUUGGCCGGCGCACGCCGCCCGAG